AUGCUGGGCAAUUGUGUUUUCCCUGCGCGUCUCGCCAUUCCACGCCUCAUCGCGCUUCUUGUUCUUCUGGGGCUGUGCCUCGGCCGCAUUCCUGGGCUGCCGACUGGCGGUGCGGCCUCCCCAGAGAAGGAGCAUGGCGAGGAUCCGUUAGGUUUCGUCGCCAAGGCGGGCGGUGAGCAGGGAGGUUCCGCGCCUGCCGGCCAGCUGCCUUCAGCGGGGACUGGGUCUGUGGAGGGAACUCGGGAGGAACCCCAGAAUGACCGCAAUGAGGAGGAACGGGAGGGAGGACAGGCGGAAGGACCGGCGCCCGCUGCCGGGACAGGCCUGUCACCUUUCUACUCCGCCACGCCUGGGGCAAACACCGUCCACAAAAACAGCGACACAGAAGAUGGACUCGCCCGAUCUCCUUGGGAUGAAAGUGGAACCGCUUCGGAGCGAGAGGCAAACAGCGAAACGGCGGCCAGCACUGUCUCCAUGACUGGCGAAGCCUCCAGUGAAGACAGCCCAGAGCGCGAAGGGACCAGUCCUCGUCGCCUCGAGUCUUCUUCCAAAAAGAGACAGCGACGGGGAUCAAAGGCGAGCUCUUCCCCUUCCGCUCGCGAGGAUGAACCGACUGCGGAGGACUAUGCCAAAAUACCUCGUCGGUCCAAGGCGCGCAAGUCUGACGCGUCUGAGGAGGAGGCGGCCGAGUCCGCGUCUAAACAUUCCCGCCGUCGCGAGAAACGUAGCCGUGACGAGGAACAAGACAGCCGUAGCCCGUCGCAGAAUCCUCGCACCAAGAAAGGCGUUCGUCGAUCCAAGGCGCCCAAGCCUGACGCGUCUGAGGAGGAGGCAGCGGACUCCGAGUCUAACGAUUCCGGACGUCGCGAGAAACGUAGCCGUGACGAGGAACAAGACAGCCGUAGCCCGUCGCAGAAGCCUCGCACCAAGAAAGGCGUUCGUCGGUCCAAGGCGCCCAAGCCUGACGCGUCUGAGGAGGAGGCAGUGGACUCCGAGUCUAAAGAUUCCGGACGUCGCGAGAAACGUAGCCGUGACGAGGAACAAGACAGCCGUAGCCCGUCGCAGAAGCCUCGCAACAAGAAAGGCCUUCGUCGGUCCAAGGCGCCCAAAUCUGACGCGUCUGAGGAGGAGGCAGCGGACUCCGAGUCUAACGAUUCCGGACGUCGCGAGAAACGUAGCCGUGACGAGGAACAAGACAGCCGUAGCCCGUCGCAGAAACCUCGCACCAAGAAAGGUUCUCGUCAGGCCAAGACGGCCAGGCGUGACGCGUCUGAGGAGGAGGCAGCGGACUCCGAGUCUAAAGAUUCCGGACGUCGCGAGAAACGUAGCCGUGACGAGGAGCAAGACAGCCGUAGCCCGUCGCAGAAGCCUCGCACCAAGAAAGGCGUUCGUCGGUCCAAGGCGCCCAAAUCUGACGCGUCCGCAGACGAUGAUGCUUCGCCUGUGGCUGAGAAAGGCGAGAUGCGCGAAGACCAGGAUGGUGAUGAGGACGGCGAGAGCCGCAGUGCCUCGAAGACGUCUCGUAGCAAGAACGUUUCUCGUCGGUCCAAGGCGCCCAAGCCUGACGCGUCCGCAGACGAUGAUGCUUCGCCUGUGGCUGAGAAAGGCGAGAUGCGCGAAGACCAGGAUGGUGAUGAGGACGGCGAGAGCCGCAGUGCCUCGAAGACGUCUCGUAGCAAGAACGUUUCUCGUCGGUCCAAGGCGGCCAAGCCUGACGCGUCUGCGGAGGAGGCAGCGGACUCCGAGUCUAACGAUUCCGGACGUCGCGAGAAACGUAGCCGUGACGAGGAACAAGACAGCCGUAGCCCGUCGCAGAAGCCUCGCACCAAGAAAGGCCUUCGUCGGUCCAAGGCGCCCAAGCCUGACGCGUCUGAGGAGGAGGCAGCGGACUCCGAGUCUAACGAUUCCGGACGUCGCGAGAAACGUAGCCGUGACGAGGAACAAGACAGCCGUAGCCCGUCGCAGAAGCCUCGCACCAAGAAAGGCGUUCGUCGAUCCAAGGCGCCCAAGCCUGACGCGUCUGAGGAGGAGGCAGCGGACUCCGAGUCUAAAGAUUCCCGCCGUCGCGAGAAACGUAGCCGUGACGAGGAGCAAGACAGCCGUAGCCCGUCGCAGAAGCCUCGCACCAAGAAAGGUUCUCGUCAGGCCAAGGCGCCCAAGCCUGACGCGCCUGAGAAGGAGGCGGCCGAGUCCGAGUCUAAAGAUUCCGGACGUCGCGAGAAAGGUAGCCAUGACCAGGAACAAACCAGCCGUGGCACGUCGCAGAAACCUCGCACCAAGAAAGGUGUUCGUCUGCCCAAGGCGCCCAAAUCUGACGCGUCCGCAGACGAUGAUGCUUCGCCUGUGGCUGAGAAAGGCGAGAUGCGCGAAGACCAGGAUGGUGAUGAGGACGGCGAGGGCCGCAGUGCCUCGAAGACGUCUCGUAGCAAGAACGUUUCUCGUCGGUCCAAGGCGGCCAAGCCUGACGCGUCUGCGGAGGAGGCAGCGGACUCCGAGUCUAACGAUUCCGGACGUCGCGAGAAACGUAGCCGUGACGGGGAACAAGACAGCCGUAGCCCGUCGCAGAAGUCUCGCACCAAGAAAGUUUCUCGUCGGUCCAAGGCGCCCAAAUCUGACGCUCCUGAGAAGGAGGCAGCGGACUCCGAGUCUAAAGAUUCCCGCCGUCGCGAGAAACGUAGCCGUGACGAGGAGCAAGACAGCCGUAGCCCGUCGCAGAAGCCUCGCACCAAGAAAGGCCUUCGUCGGUCCAAGGCGCCCAAAUCUGACGCUCCUGAGAAGGAGGCAGCGGACUCCGAGUCUAAAGAUUCCCGCCGUCGCGAGAAACGUAGCCGUGACGAGGAACAAGACAGCCGUAGCCCGUCGCAGAAGCCUCGCAUUAAGAAAGGCGUUCGUCGGUCCAAGGCGCCCAAGCCUGACGCGUCUGAGGAGGAGGCAGCGGACUCCGAGUCUAACGAUUCCGGACGUCGCGAGAAACGUAGCCGUGACGAGGAGCAAGACAGCCGUAGCCCGUCGCAGAAGCCUCGCACGAAGAAAGGCCUUCGUCGGUCCAAGGCGCCCAAAUCUGACGCGUCUGAGGAGGAAGCGGCCGAGUCCGAGUCUAAAGAUUCCCGGCGUCGCGAGAAACGUAGCCGUGACGACGAACAAGAUAGUGCUACAUCGGAUGAUAAGCGUCGGAGAAAACGAUCUUCUGUCAGCUCAAAGCGUCCUGAGUCUGAUGGUCCCCAAGACGGGGCUUUCGCGUCUGUUCUUGGAGGAGUCGAUAGUCGUGGCGAGCCCGCUGGUCCCAAGGAAUCAGACACCGCUCUGAGUUCAGUUGCAACCCCUGCCGAAGAAGCAUCAUAUGCCUCUAAGAAUCACACGCCUGUCGCGCCUGUAAACGAGACUUUCCGGUCCGUGCGUCAAUCGGCCGAAAUUCGUGAGGGCCUGGAGACGGCCAAGAAAUCAGACAGCGGUCUGAGUCCAGUUGCGACUCCUGCCGAAGAAGCAUCAUAUGCCUCUAAGGAUCACACGCCUGUCGCGCCUGUAAACGAGACUUUCCGGUCCGUGCGUCAAUCGGCCGAAAUUCGUGAGGGCCUGGAGACGGCCAAGAAAUCAGACAGCGGUCUGAGUCCAGUUGCGACUCCUGCCGAAGAAGCAUCAUAUGCCUCUAAGGAUCACACGCCUGUCGCGCCUGUAAACGAGACUUUCCGGUCCGUGCGUCAAUCGGCUGAAAUUCGUGAGGGCCUGGAGACGGCCAAGAAAUCAGACACCGCUCUGAGUUCAGUUGCAACCCCUGCCGAAGGAGAAUCACAUGCCUCUAAGGAUCACAUGCCUGUCGCGCCUGUAAACGAGACUUUCCGGUCCGUGCGUCAAUCGGCCGAAAUUCGUGAGGGCCUGGAGACGGCCAAGAAAUCAAACAGCGGUCUGCGUCCAGUUGCGACUCCUGCCGAAGAAGCAUCAUAUGCCUCAGAGGAUCACAUGCCUGUCGCGCGUGUAGGCGAGACUUUCCCUUCCGUGCGUCAAUCGGCCGAAAUUCGUGAAGAGCGACUUGUUUCCCUGCCUGUCGCGGAGCGUCGCGAGGAACGUCCUGAACCUGUCGAUGUCAAAUCUCGCCCGUUGGAUGAGCAUCGUGGCAACGAGUCUCCUUUUCCCUCGAAACGUGGCGGGUCUCGUGCUGGGGUCUCGCCCCUGGACGCUCGAGAUGCCAUUCGUGGUGCAGUGCUUCGGCUGAUCCAGAGCCCAGACACGCGCUUGGAAGAUCUGGAGUUCCUAGUCAGUAGAGCAGGACCACUGGUCGAAGACGACGCGGAGCUUGUGGAUGCUGUCCUCGCGAAAGUCAUCGACGAGACGUCUGCUGCCUCGUUCCGCUUGAACAGUGCCCGCCAAGCACAGGAGGCGAUGGAGGAACGCGAGAGGCAGAAGCUGGAGGCGCUCAGCGCGCGGGCAGGCGAGAACGACGCACAGAGCGAGGAGACUCCAGAGACCGCGACAGAGACGGUGGAGACGCAGCAAGUCACACAAGAGCAGCGCUCUGGGGAGGCGGAUGCCGACGAUGAGAGCCAUGCAUCGACAAAGACAACACACGACAAGACCAGCGUAACAUUGAAUGCGGGGGCGCAGUCAGAAGAGGAAGGAAAGGAGGUAGCUACCGGGGAACCGGAGAAAGAGACAUCCGAGAGCGAGGAAGAACUCGAAGAUAACGACGAACAGAGCACGCCCCAUGGAGACCCGCAACACAAAGUCCUCGUUCACUUCCAGGGAGGCCACGUCGCGUCCUACGCUGGCAAAAUGAUAGGUCGACGUCCAACCGACGAAGAUUCGGUCCUAGUGAACUUGCAGUUGACCAAGGUCCCGCGUGCGUGCAUGGUGGCGCUUUUUGAUGGUCAUGGCGGCUCUGAAGCUUCGGCGUUUGCUGCGGAGAAUGCUUCGCGUUUUUUCGGCGUGUUUGUCUUCAUCGAGCGUCUACUGCACCCAAAAACGGUCCUGGCAGUGGGGCGAGAAAUUCGUCCUCUGGAGGGCCCAGAUGGAGACGUACACGAGGAGGUCCACGACCUCGGUUUCCAGCCUCUGGAGACACUCAUUUGCGAGGACGAAGCGCAGGCCGCGUUGCGGCUCGAUAUGCCGAUCAAAACCUGUCCCGCGCCGCCGAAAAGCAAAAUCCUCACCAUCGGGGAAGACAACAAGCUGUUCCAGCUGACGGUCGCGAACGUCGGUGACUCGCGCGCAGUUCUCAUCCACGCAGAUGGAAGCUUCACGCGGCUGUCGAGGGAUCACCGACCCCACGCUGCGGAGGAGAAGCAGAGAAUUGAGAACGCGGGAGGGUCCGUCGAGUACAGCGACACAUUCCGCGUCAACGGCAUCUUGUCGGUUUCAAGAGCUCUCGGCGAUAGGGACAUGAAAGCGAAUCCGUAUCUUCUUCCGGGCGGCCAGAUCAUCACAGCAAUCCCUGAGAUUCGAACCUUCUACGCGAAAGCAUCUGAUCUGCUGCUUAUCGCCUGUGACGGUCUCUUUGAAGCGGAUAACAUGACUCUCGGUUUCAUUGCCCGGUACAUCCACGAGCGAAGACGCACGAUCAAGGACACCGCUGACUACGAACACCUGUUGUCGUCGCUGCUCGAUGAAGCCUACCUCAGAGGAUCGGAGGAUAACAUCAGCGCAAUUCUUACUCGUCUGAAUGAACCAUUCCUCGCUCACGCCACGCAGGGGUUCUCAGUCGUCAGUGGCGCAGGUCAGCUCCUCCAGAGCGCGCACGGCACCUAUCCCCUUGAGACGAAAUAUGACGCGGCGCCAGGAUCCUCUGAAAACUAG